AUGGAAAUAAUGCAAAAACCCCUUCCUAAAUGUCCACUGAGUCUGAUCACACUCCAAAAGGGGUUGAAUUAUAUUAGGGCAAGAAAUUUGAAGAAAUUGCACAGCAGUGGUGAAUAUUACACUGAAUACAUGGGUAUUGGUUUGUCAGCACAAGGUGUGAACAUGAAUAGAUUACCUGGUUGGGACAAAAAUUCCUUUGGAUAUCAUGGUGAUGAUGGUCACUCCUUUUGUUCCUCUGGCACUGGCCAUGCUUAUGGGCCAACAUUCACAACAGGUGAUGUUAUAGGCUGUGGUAUCAACCUCAUUGAUAAUGUCUGUUUCUACACAAAAAAUGGUCAUUACCUGGGUGUAGCAUUUACAGAUUUACCUCCACAUUUAUAUCCCACGGUUGGGUUACAAACUCCGGGGGAAGUUGUAGAUGCUAACUUUGGACAGGCCCCUUUUGUUUUCGACAUUGGAGAGAUGAGGAGGGAGCUGCAGUGCCGUGUGAGAACAACUAUCCAAAACUUUCCCGUCCCUGACACUUAUGGGCAAUGGCAGACAAUGCUCCACAGGUAUUAUUUACUUGACUUCUGUAGGACAAGUCAUGUCCAUUCUAGGGCCGAGAACAAGAAGGGCCAAUGUCAUAAAAGUCAAUAGCAAGAAAAAUUGCAUUAGAAAGUUUGCUCUCUUCAUUGAAAUUCAGCAAAUAUUUUUUUUUUGUUUUUUUUUCUGUGACUAAUCAAACAGUGUUACAUUAAUCUAAUCCUUUUGAAGAGUUUAUUUACAUGAAGAAAAUAACCAUUUUUCAUUAAAGCAAAUAUAUAUAUAUUUUUUUACUUUUUAAUGCUUAAAAAUGAAUAUUGUACUUUGUGCUUAUUAAUUAAUAAAUUAAGACAAUUACUGCAAUUAAUAUUUAAAUCAUUCCUUCUGAUUGGAUUUCUAAUGGUUUUUCUACCAUUUUAUGGCUUAACCCCUUAACCCAUUGCCGUCGGGGAAAAUUAAUAAAAAAGGGGGAAAAUGCUGUACUCAUUUUUUAUAUUUUUGUGAAAUAUCCCUGAACAUGUAUGGCUCUGCUAGUCCUGAUUUCACCUUUCCUUGAAUUGGUGGGGAAAAACGUAUUUUUACUAGUGCUAUAAAUAUAGAUGGUGUUAUU